GUAUGCGGUAUGAGGAAUUUGAUUCAGACCUGUAGAGUCAUCAUUUGGGGGGGCUGUACAUUCCUGAGGCAGGCAAAAGAGGUCCUCAUAAGGAAAUUUGUCAUUGGCAGUUGCCUACAGCUCGGGGAAUGUGUCUAGAUAAGGGUGCACACACCAUCCCAGCUCAGGUCACUGUGCAGGAGUAUAUAUGAGAGAGGGCUAAGGAGGCAGAGGAAAGAGCAAGCUCAACGCCUAGAGAUACAGAGGCCACUGCCAGUCCUAGGAGGGUACCAGGAGGAGAGAACAGACAUACAGAGGGCACUGCCAGAAGUCCUAGGAAGGGUACCAGGAGGAGAGAAUAGACUGACAUAGGGCACUGCCAGAAGUCCUAGGAGGGUACCAGGAGAAGAGAAUACACUGACAUAGGGCACUGCCAGAAGUCCUAGCAGGGUACCAGGAGAAAAGAAUACACUGACAUAGGGCACUGCCAGAAGUCCUAGGAGGGUACCAGGAGAAGAGAAUACACUGACAUAGGGCACUGCCAGAAGUACUAGGAGGGUACCAGGAGGAGAGAAUACACUGACAGAGGGCACCGGGAUACAAAGACUAAUAGAGGGUACCAGGAGAAACAUAAAGCCUUGUAGAAGGUACCAGGUGUAGUAGAUAGACUAGUUAAGGAAAUAAAGAGUAGUAUAUAGACUGGAAGAGUGUACCAGAAGGGGUAUAUAGACUAGUAUAGGGUACCAGGAAGAGUAUAUAAGCUAGUAGAAGGUACCAAAAGGACUAUAUAGACUAGUAUAGGGUACCAGGAAGAGUAUAUCAGCUAGUAGAAGGUACCAAAAGGACUAUAUAGACUAGUAGAGGGUACCAAAAGGACUAUAUAGACUGGUAGAGGGUAUCAGCAGGACUAAAUAGAUUAAUAGAGGGUACCAGUAGACACAUAGAGCACAGCAUAGAGUACAAGGACACCAGGGGUAAAAGCCCGUGUAGACUUAGACAGAGAGGGUGAGAUCUCACACAGAACCCAACACAUAAGACGGGACAUUUGCUGUUUGAUAUACAUCAGUGCCUGUAACCCCCUCAUUACCAUGGAGUGGAAGGCUUACCUCCUCUGCAGCUCCCUGCUUCUGGUCUCUCUCCAGCUGCAGUCCUCCACAGCACAUCCCAUCACCCAGCAGGACACAGACAGUGACCUGGACUCCUUCAAGAUCAUACUGGGGAGACUGGAGGAAAAGUUGGAGGAACUGGAGGGAAAUCCUGAAACUAUGGAGGACCGCGCACAGCGACCAAACGAUGGCGAAGCCCCCCUGCAGGAGGCUGAAGUCACCGACAGCAACCCCUUCCCCCUCAGCAACCUCCUCAAAGGGUUACGCUUGGUACGCAACAAGAAAAUGACAAAGAGCUCCAACUGCUUUGGGAGACGGAUUGACAGGAUCGACUCUGUGAGCGGAAUGGGCUGCAAUGGAUCCCGAAACAGAUACCAAUGACCCCUUCCCAGGAGGACGCCGCCGCCGCCGCCGCCGAGCAUUUCUUUUUACUAUUUAUGACAAACCAGAUCAUAUUUAUUUAUUUAUUUAUACAUAUUUAUUUUGUGUUUUCUAAAAUGCAUUUGUAAAUCCUAAUACUUCAUAGUUCAUAUUAAAAAUAUAUCGUACACUUUCAAA